AGUGUGUCACAUGCCAAAUGUGUUGGAGCUGGUAGCUCUGAACGAUCAGUACACGACUCAAUCUGAAGGGACCAAGCUUGGAAAGGUGGUGGCUGAGGUGGUAUGUGAAUCUGGUGUGUGUUGUGCAACAAUUCAACAAUUCUAUUGUGUUUGUGUACUAUGUUUAUCAUUGAAUUGCAGUAAUGAUGUAAUUAAUUAAUUAAUUAAUUCAUGUGAUUGGCUGUUGUCACUGUGAGGUCAGCACCAAGCUUCAGACACACGCUGCAUCUAGCCUCAAGGGCGACGCCCUCUUAUCCUUGCAAAAAUCAAGGAUAUCUUGCUUCUUGAGGAAUUCGGUUUCCUCACAUCCAUCAUCUUUGAGUUUGUGCCAGUGCAUAUUGUGGUUCUCACAAGUCGAGCAGUGUCGUAAUCAGACGUGACGCCGCGGUACACGCGAUAAAAGACACAUCAAUUGUCGCUGGAAUCUUAUCACGUCUCGUCUGGUUGGGACACGGUGUGAAGACUUUAUAAAAUGUCCGGAGAAGACAAUGACACAGACUAUGAUACUUUAAUUGCAGAAAGAGAAAGCAGGGAAAAUGCAAUCAAGCAGUACCAACAUCUUAUCAGGAUGCUCUACUUAAUUACAUAUUCUGUUGUCCUGAUCCUUGGUGUCACCCUCAACUUCAUCGUCAUUAUCAUCAGCUGCCUGAAAAACAAGAAAACGUCAACAGUUUUCACUUGGAUUACGGCGUUGGCUUUAACACACUUAGUCUCCAGUGCAUUUGUUGUUUUUCAGCUCCUGUAUGCUUACAAUAACUUUGAAUGGAAUUAUGGAAAAGCAAGCUGCAAGCUGUCAUCCUAUGUCACCUACGGCAGUAUGUUCUCCACAGCAGCCAUGCUGAGUUCCUGGAGCAUUAGUUCUGUUUUUUUAAAAAGUCGUUGCUUAAAAAUUUGCAAGAAUUGUAACAUCAUUCUGAUUUCAUUCUCCUGGGCUAUUGCAGCAGUCUUGGCAUGUCCUUCACUGUUUUCCAGAGAGGUUCGAUCUUCUCACUGCAUUGAUGAUUAUGAUUUUGACGAAUCGAAAACAACUCAAGACGGCAUUGCAAGGCUGAAGGCAGUCGUUAUCAUGAGAUUUCUCAUCGGGCUUCUUGUGCCAGCUUUCAUAAUGUUUCUCAGCUGUUUGACAUCAGCUCAUAGAAAGUGUAAAGAUUGUAAGAAGCAGGCACAGAUAAUCUGUGCUAUAAAGAUUGCCUUCUUUGUGUUCUGGGGCCCUCAAAUCUUCUUAACCAUGCUUCAAGCCACUGUUACCGAAAGCCUGGAUCCAAGUAUGUUGAAAUAUGGACUUCCAGCAGCUACUGCAUUGGCCACAGCCCACCCUUUUAUCAGCCCGAUCAUCUAUUUGUUAUUGGGAUGUAGUAUUAAAAUGAAGUGGAUGGAACAUGACCCAGGUCAGUGCGAAAGGGUUUCUCAGGGGAUACCACUGUUGCCUUACACCACUAAGGUUCCCGGAUCAAGUCCCAAAUGAGCCAGGAGGUCUGUCUGUGUGGAGCUUUUCAGAGGUGAACUGGAGACACUAACUUGUCUGUGUAGUGAAUGAGAAAGAGUGUUCCCCUAUGAUGGAAUGGUCAUCUAGCAGUGUUUCCUCCACCCUUGGACCAGCAUCCCUGCGACCCUACUGAGGAUAAGCAGUUUGAAGAAUGGAUGGAUGACCCAGAUCACAACAAUGAACUGAUGCUCUUAGGAAAAUGCUGCCCAUGAAUUGUACACAGGCAUUAAAGAUUGAUGUAGUAAUUCUAAAAUACACCAGCAAAGACUGUUAAAUAUACACCACAUCCACAAAAAUGCAUGCCAGCAAUCUGUGUAUUCAAACUGACAAAUGGAACAUUUCUUUUAACUCCUAAUCCAAACUCUGAAAAUUAUUAUAAAAAAAAAAUUGGCCCUGUAUGGUCCAAAUUCAUGCUUGCUUUAAAGUUAAAUGUUGAUUUUGUUGAUACACUGCAUCACAUGUAUACACUUACUGCUAGAAAAAGCAUGCUACAGAAACAAUAACCCACUAUCUACUGUAUGUCCUGUAGUAUAUGAAUAUCAACCUUAUAGAGGACCAUUUGAAGCUGUUUUUUUACUGAUGGUGUGUCAUAAUAUUGUUGCUGUUUUGUCAUAAUAUUGUGAUGUUUUGUUUAUUAUACGUAUGUAAGUAUAUGAUUGUAGUCUAUAUAUGGCUGCAGUGUAAAGAACAGGCUAUAUUACAAAUUAAUGUAUUUUCAUUUUAUGCGUUUUUUCAAACACUACAACCAGGAAGCGGAGCCCCGCACAUGAAAUGCAAGAAAAAAUAAAUUGUGCGCAGGAUUUAAGACUUCGUUCCCACUAUGUACUAAAACAUUCACACAAUUACUAUUUAGUUCCCUCGAUUUAUAAAUCGUGUGCACGAUUUGGCAAAUCGAGGAAACAAAUUAGUAAAUCAUGCGCGCAAUAUAUAAAUCGAGGAAACGAAAUAGUAAAUCGUGCACAAGAUUUUGCCUACUAAUUUUUUCCUGCAUGCCAUGUGCGGAGCUCCAUAGGAGGCAGACAUUAAAAAUUAAUACAGUGCUAGUCAGGCUCACUCUGAAAACAUAUCCAUUGAAACAAUGAGCUGACCUAUAAAGGAACAUUUUUUAAUGAGUGUUUAAAUAUAUGGAAAUAAACCGUGCAACAAAGGAGUUUGAUGUUUUGGGUGAUUUUUCUCCAAAACUAUACAGUAAAAUGUCUUGAAAAUGAAUACAGUGAUAGUCAGGCUCACCCUGAAUACAUAUCCAUUGAAAGAAUGAGCUAACCUAUAAAGGAACAUUUUUUCAUGAGUGUUUAAAUAUAAGGAAAUAAAGCAAGUGCAAUAAAGGAGUUUGAUGUUUUGGGGGAUUUUGCUUUUAGUUUUCUCAAAAACUAUACAGUAAAAUGCUUUAAAUUAAAUUUAAUACAGUAAUAGUCAGGGUCACUCUGACUACAUAUCCAUUGAAAGAAUGAGCUAACCUAUAAAGGAACAAUUUUUAUGAGUGUUGGAAAAUGGGAGACAGUGCAAUUGCUAAGAUGCAUUUUGUUACACACACAUUAUAUAUACACACACACACACACACACACACAAAUAUGAAAUAAAAAAACAAUGAAUGAAAAUCAAUAAUAUAAACAUUAAUAAACGAUUUAUAAUAAUUAAUUGACAAUACAAACGUUUAUGUACAAAAAUAAAGUAUUUAAAAACUAAAAAUGUUAAAUUAGUUAAAAUAAGCAAAAGUAUAAAGGAAACGUGUGUAUGACAGCUUCUUUACAUGCAUUUUAUCUGCUCUCAGCACCCGUACCGUAAGUGCAUGAUUACACGCGCAAAACCAAAAAAAAAAAAAAAAAAAAAAAAAGUGCGGCUGGCUUGAUCACAGUGAUUUACUGUGAUUUACGCCUGUGCUAAAGUGCAGUUAAAUCUCUGGACUUUGUCCAGAACCAAAGAUGUGCUGAAGCUCAAAUUGCAGCCGACGAAAACACACGUGCAUAAGGAGAAAAAAAAAAGGUUAAAUAUUCAAUGCCACGUAGGCUAUUUUACUUUCAUAUUCAGUACACCGUUCUCACAGAUAGACACAAAUUUCUGAUUUUAUUCAUUCUGCAGUUUUGCUGCCAAAGGUAAGACAAUUUUGCAGAAAAUAUGCAUGAAGCAAAGCAUUUGAACCAAAUAAGAGAUUAUGGUGAAACUUUUAAAACUUUUCUGCAAGACUUGCAUAAGUAGCUUAAUUUUAAAUGUAAAUUUUGUGUGCAAAAAUGUGCAAUACGAUUAAAAACAACAUGCAGUGUUGA